CCAUCAUCUGAUAGCUUUAGGGCGGGGAGGUGCUAAUUGUUCCACUGUGAUAUCGGGGAAGAGAGAGAGCGAGAUGUACUGAUUACUAUAAUAUCAAGUGUGGCCAUGAAUUGGAAAAUUGAAGACUAUAUAGCAAACUAACUGUGCAUUCUGACUUCAUCUAAAUUCAACCAAAUGGUCCACCAUCUGGGCAAGACUGAGUCCUCUUCUCCAAAACACUGUGAUUGAGGACGAUUGGUUCUGGUGCAGAUGCAGAAUAUUCUAAAGAAAAUUUCACUUGGCAAUGAAUAAUUCUUCAACGAUCGUGCCGCCUACUGAUGAAAGUAAUAUAGUUGCGGGAUUUAUUCUUAUACCUUUCAUUGUUCUGACAUUAAUUGGAUUUGCUGUUGCUAUGGUGAUGUACAUUCAGAAGAGACGCAGAUUGGAUAUGUUGCGACACCAAUUAUUACCUGUAUAUGCCUAUGACCCUGCUGAGGAGUUGCAAGAAGCUGAGGAAGAGCUUCUCCUUGACAGUGAUGAGCCAAAGCUGAUGCAAAGUUGGGGAGCUCCACAAAACUAUAAAAGAGCGUUUUUCACAAACAGUAUGAAGGCCUGAUCAAUUGGUUCAUACGGCACCAAGGAAACUGCUGAUCACUGAGCACUCACAGAAGAGCUGCUACACAGUCUGGUUUCUGAAAAGCAAUAUGCAGAAAUGAAAACAUGUACACAGCACUGGAUUACCUUGGACAGAGCCAAAAUGUACUUCCGUUGGCAUGUUUGAUCCCAAUGCAGAGGACUUGGUGUAUUUUGUUUCCUUGCCUUUGAGACACAUGUAUGUUGUGAUCAUGCUGCAUAUACAACCCACAGAAUUGUGUAGAUCCCGGAAAAGUUUACAACAAAUAAUGCGUCAGUCAGCUAGGAAGAGGGGAAUCUUUUUAAUUUAUGAUUUCAUUUAAUAAUGUGUAUAAUUAUCAAAGAAAGUUAUAGAGAUUUUCGAAACAAUGCAAUUAAUACUGGCUAUAGGAUAUGUGGGUAACUUGGGGGUAUUGUAAUUGGUUAUGACAAGCCCACUUCUAUUCGGUACACUGAAAUCAAAGGAGAAUAUGUUUUGUGUAAAGCAUACAUUUUUGAGUGCUCAGAACUGAACGCUGUGAUUGAAGCCAAAUCUACUGAGAUUUAUAGUGAUACUUCAUAUAACAAACCAUCUCAUUCCUGGAGGGAUUAUUGAUUUAUCGAGUUUUUAGAACCAUAGAACAUUACAACGCAGAAACAGCACCUUCUUGGCUCUGCCAAACCAAUUUUCUGCCUAGUCCCACAGACCUGCACCUGGACCAUAUCCCCCCAAACCCCUCUCAUCCAUGUACCUGUCCAAGUUUUUCUUAAGUGUCAAAAGUGAGCCCACAUUCACCACUUCAUCUGGCAGCUCAUUCCACACUCCCACCACUCUGCAUGAAAUUAAAUGUACGUUUUGAAUUAAAUAUACAUUGAAAAGUCUCGAAUCUGAUUUCUUUAGUGGAUACAAACUCGUGGUCAAUUACAGUUGAACUUUUUUAAAAAUACAGUAGAUACAAGAAGUUGAAAAUAAAAGAGACUGCAAGUAACCAGCAAGGGAGGCAACAUCUCUGGAGGGAGAAAAACAGAGUUAACAUUCAGAUCAACAUUUCGAAGAUAGCUUUGCUGUCCAUGGAUGCAUUUUCAAUCCUUUCUGUUUUCACUCCUGUUGAAUUGCUUAUUUCUUUCAGGAACUUGCAGUAUUGAGAGAAAACCUGCAACACGUACUGUAUUUCGGUGCUGGACAAAAAGGCACUGAGAGCGUUGCAGCACUGACAUAUAUGGCUAAGCACUUCACACUGAUACUUUGUGCACUUUUGAUAACUGUCCACCAUCAGCUGCUUAACUUUAUUUGACCAAACUUUAUUGGCCUGAAGGGUCUUGUUUCAAUACUGUAUGACUUUUUAUUUUACUUAAUGGUACCUGUGCAGCUGACAGUUUGAAACAGUUACAGAACAGUUACCAUACUGUGUCUCUAGAAUUCUUAAAACAAUAUUUGCUGCAGAUAUUUAACCCUUGACUUACUACCAUGUCUUAUGAUUACUAUUGCAUAACCAUUCGGGAGCCUCUUAACUUUUUCUAGAGGCACAAGAGCAAUAAUAGACAAUAGACAGUAGGUGCAGGAGUAAGCCAUUCAGCCCUUCGAGCCAGCACCGCCAUUCACUGUGAUCAUGGAUGAUCAUACACAAUCAGUACCCCGUUCCUGCCCUCUCCCCAUAUCCCUUGACCCUGCUAUCUAUAAGAGCUCUAUCUAACUCUAUCUUGAAAGCAUCCAGAGACUUGGCCUCCACUGCCUUCUGGGGCAGAGCAUUCCACAUAUCCACCACUCUCUGGGUGAAAAAGUUUUUCCGCAUCACUGUUCUAAAUGGCUUACCCCUUAUUCUUAAACUGUGGCCUCUAGUUCUGGACUUAUCCAUCAGCAGGAACGUACUUCCUGCCUCCAGCAUGUCCAAUCCCUUAAUAAUCUUAUAUGUUUCAAUCAGAUCCCCUCUCAUCCAAUAACUUUGCAAAUAACUCAAGCUCAAGCAGAAUAUGUUUCACUUAUUCAUGUUGGUGUCUCUUAGUUUCUCAGAGAGUUGAGGGAUUUAUAAGCAACUCAGCAAUACUUCUCAGUCCCGUGAUGAUUAUCAUCUGCUUUUUAAGAUAAGUAUUUCUUUCUUUGGAAACUCUUAACUAGUAUAUGAUGUUGAUAAGUGCUUGGCUGACCUUUCCAUAAGUUCAUGCUCUCGAAACAUGGUACUAUCUAUUGGUUUAUAUUACAUUAUUAAUUUUUUUGCAGCGAAGUUUCUUGGUGAGGGAAACGUGAGGAAAACUGUUUAAUUCAUCUGUGCAUUUUUGUGAAAAUCGGCAGUCACUUUAGUACUGCUCAAUACCAAAGGUCAUCAUUCCAUCUCAGGUUGUACAAAGAAAUAUGACAAACACAGAUAUUCUGGAGAUGCUGGAAAUCCAGAGUAAUGCGCACAAAAUGCUGCAGGAAUAAAGCGUCAAUGCUUUGCACCAAGACCCUUCAUCAGAACUGAUCAUCUGGAAGUGUCUCAACCCCUUAUGUCAACAGUUUAUUCCUCCCAUAGAUGCUGCCCGACGUGCUGACUUCCUCCAGCAUUUUGUGUGUGAAACUUUAUAAAUGCAGAUCCCAAAAAUGGUUCAUCAUUGCUAAUAUUGGUUAUAUUUGAGUCACCAAAAAAACCCCAAAAUGUUAUCUGUUACAUGCUAUAUUAAAAACAUGACCCUGGGACAAUAUUGGUAAACAAAAAUACAGAUUGCAGGUGCCUUCUACCAUUUUCGUGUGAUCAUUGUCAUUCUUCAAUCUUAACAGAGCAUAUGUGAGAAAGGUAUUUGAGUAAUAAAGUUUUUUAAAACUGUAAUCCGUUAUUCAUUACUUCUAGAUGUUCAAUGUAUAUUCAUGUUUGCACUCUCUCCUUUCGAUGAAAUUCCUACUGUUCCUCACAUUUCUACUGAAAGCUUGUUGAUGGUGUCUUUCAUUGCUCUGACCCUAAUGAUCACUUCCUAAAUAAUGACUGUAAAUGGAGAGUUCAUAGGCAGAACCAAGGCACAGAUGCUUUCAGUUUUCUAGUCCUAUAUCAGAUGUUAAAUGACACUACUAAGACCGCUACAGUGCCAGUGUAUGGAGCAGUUGGCUCCAAUUCCUCCCAGAAAGAAUACUAUUGGAAACAUACUAGCAUUCCUACAUUUUUAGUUGGUGUACACAAGGCAAAUUACUUGCAUCAUAUUUAUCUCCGAUACAGGAAAAAGCCAUUUAGACAUCCAAGUUUAUAUCAUUUCUCAGGACAAUCCUAUCAAUUCCAUUCCCCACAUAUUUCAUUGUAAUCUGUUUACCAGUUCACCUAAACCAGGAGAA